GCGGGUGCAGGAGCUGAAAACAAACUGUGUCCGACCGAUGUGAGGCGCAAUAGAAUCGAACCACGUGUGCCUUUUCUCGAAGCUAACCAAAAGCUUUUGGUCCAGUGAACAGUGACGCGACAAUCAAGGAGAGGGGUUACGUGUCCUUUCUUUUGUGUAGCGCUGCACACAUUCCCUUCACCCAUUGGUUCCUCCUGUGGGACCAACCUCAACGCUUAAUUCGCCUGGAUCCGCUACUUUUCUAUUCGGACCCACCACCUCCCAAGUAUUUCUGGCCAAUUACAUCUAUCGUCUGCUCCACUUUUGCCCUAGACACGUGUUGCUUUUACAAUCUCCUCUGUUCUGCUGAGCCUUGAUUAUCGCAUUAUCGCCUGAGAUCAGCUCACCAGUCACCACCCCUUCAGCAAAGAUUGUUAAAAGGAGAGAACACAGAGAAACGGUGAAGAGAGACUAUGGAUGGUGGGGAGGAGAGGUGGCGCUUGUUACGAUGCGCUGGAGGUGGGCAGGAUAAGACUAUAAUCAACCAGAUUAUGCUCAGAUUCAGGCCGAUUGCACCGAAACCAGCCAGCGGUGCUCCGGAUGCCGAUAAUUCUUCUUUUAAUAACAAGAAGCUAUUGCUUUCCACUCGAAGAACCAAGAGAAAGUACGUUAGGGUUAGUAAGAACAACAGAUUGAUCAAAAGAAACCAAAAAUUUUCAUCAUCUGAUCAAGGAAAUAAAGAAAAAGAAAUAGAUCAUGGAGGUUUUGACAAGGUCGUUACUCUGCAAUUGUUGCCGGAAAGAAGCGAUCAGUUAAAGAAAUCACCAGAAAGAGGGAGAUCCUGGUGCAAUAUUGAUCUCACAGAAAAAUUAUUUCAUGAUCCAGAGAAUAAUAACAAUAAUCAAGCGGCAUCCAUGCGGCUCAAGUUGAAACAGCCGGUUAUCGACGGGGUAGAUCAGACGGUGGCGAUGGUUCCUAAAAGGAGAGAGGUAGUGGUAUCGUGGGUGACGGUGGAGAGCGUGACAGACACAUACGGUUGUACGGAAGGUCGAGGGCUGGGGUGUACGGACAUGGAGAGAGUGAAGAAUCUAGAUGAGGACACGCGUCCAGGGUUUAUAUCAGACGGUUCAAACAGAGUUUGGUGGGUGAAUGGGGCAUACAAGAGGAUGGUGUCAGUGAUGGAGGAAGAAAAAGAGAGUGAGUCGGUGGAAAUAAUGGUGUGUUUGGUCACAAAAGAAAAGCUGGUUCCGUACAUGUACUGCUGUGUAUUUACAUGCUGGGUAAGACUGCAGUACGCUUGGAAGGAGGAGAAGUGGUGGUCGCAGAUAGUGCCAUGUGAUGUGUGGAGAAUGGACUGCGGAGGCUUUGCAUGGAGAUUGGAUGUUGAAGCUGCUCUGGGCUUGGGCCGUUGAAGGAUUCACGAAGCCUCCAAACACCAGUAAAUUAAAGCUACAGCUAUCAGGUUUUCUAAUUAUUACCCAUAGGAGACUUUUGUUCAAAUCAAGGAGAAAAAAUGUUGAAAUUUGAAGUCUUCAAUCAAGUGUACAUAAAGGUCUACUAGAUAAACUUGCUUCUCAUAGCAAGAUGAUAAAGGCCAUUACGCUUGGAGUUCUAAUUGCAAGAAAGAAGAGAAAGAAAGAAAAAAAAAACUCUUCUUUAAAACCCAAAAAUAAGGGAUUUAAUGUGUAAUGUUAAAGACAUAUAACUUAUCUAUUAGAUUCAAGUUUGAAUUUUCACUUUGUUAAUCUCUUAUGAAAAGAAAAAAUAAGAGAUUCAUGAUA